AUGAAAUGGACAGAGAAUGACAAAUUUUGCAACUCUCAGUUGAAAUUGAUAGAAUACUUCUCAGAAGAUGAAACAGUAUCUAACUUGGCACCCAAUACUGCACAAUAUCUGAUAGAAAACUUCCAAGAACAAGAUCCAAUCAUUAUCCCAACUGAAACCAAUGGUCUGGAAGAUUUUGUCAAGGUCUCUCCAUGUAAGAAGUUCAAAAAUGACAUGGGAAUCUUAUUGAAUGCGUUCAAAGAAAAAAAUCAACAUAUUCAAGUAUUGAGCUCCCAAUGGGGGAAAAGGAUUAUAACAAUUCCAAAGAUCUUCUUCAAACUGAAGAAGUUGGUGGCAGCAAUCAAUCACAUGCAGCUCAGUGGUUACCAACAUUUGAACAUAAAUUUUUAUGAAUAUAACAAAAGAAUUACAACUUGGCUACCAUCCUCAAAGUGA